AUGUCUGGGUUCCAGAUCCCCGGCUUAGGCUUCGCCAAGCCAAAUGAGAAGCUACCGCCUCUACCAGCAGACCAAGCCGUGAGCGCGCCCUCAGCCGCUUCAGACACCAAAGACAUCGAGAUCCAGGACGCCACACAAACCCCAGCGACGACGCAGUCGCAAACCGCACCACACAAGCCAGACACGUAUAAGAACAUCCAAAAUGACUCCUCAGACGCAAUGGUCAUCGACAAACCCGAGAGCCCUCCCUCCCUGACGGGCGCUCUAGAGGCCGCCCUCGGCGGUCUCGAGCCCGCGAACGCAGAGCAGGCGCUGGGUCAAAUAGCCACAACGUCAGAGCAACAACAGGCCGCCGAGGCCCAACAGACUGCUCAGGGCGCACACCCAGAGUGGGAGGCAGACUCCUCACCGUACGAAUCCUCUUCGGAAUCUAGCAGCUCCGACUCGUCGGACGAUGACGACUCAGACAACGAGGCCUACGAGCUCCUGGGCGUCGAGGAGACGGCAAGGCUCCUCAUGGAAGCCGAGGGGGGCUCGGACGACGAAGGCGACAAGGGAAAAUCAUCAGGCGCCGGCCACAUGCGGACGAAGAACGAGGUGGCCGAGGAGCCCGUCCCGAAACCCGACGUCACCAUCACCCCCGAAAUGAAGAUCGAGGAGCUGGGAGAGGUGGAGCACAUCGUCGAGAAUCUCAUGCUCAUCAAGGCCUACACCCCCGGAGAGUACCAGGUCCUCGACACGGGCUCGGUCCUGUGCAACUCGGAGCGCGUGGUCAUCGGUGCGGUCGCCGAGACCAUCGGCAAAGUCCUGCAGCCCAUGUACACCGUCCACUUCAACUCACAGGACGAGAUCAAGGAGCUGGGCUUGACAGAGGGCACCAAGAUCUUCUACGCUGCCGAGCACGCCACCUUUGUCUUCACCGAGCCGCUGAAGAACUUGAAGGGCUCGGACGCCAGUAAUCUGCACGACGAGGAGGUAGGGGAUGACGAGAUGGAGUUCUCCGACGACGAGAAGGAGGCCGAGUACAAGCGCUCAAUCAAGCAAAAGAAGAGAGAGAAGUGGAAGAACAACAACAAGGACAGGGAGCCCCACCCUCUCCGACAAGAGGUGUCCGCCGGCGGAGGGCUCAACUACGACGAAGACGAAGAUGGCCCCUACAAACCACUUACCCGACCCCCAGGCUACGGCAAUGGACCGGUAUCCACAGAGGUAUAUGAUCCUCAUCAUCGCCCAGGCUCACACCGCGGUCGAGGAAGAGAUUCCAGAGGCAGGGGCAACCGUGGCCGAGGGUCCGGCCGAGGCGGCCGAGGAGGCUCCCACCCCCGAGACGGCUACUCCCUCCCUCCCCAGGGUGGAAAUCAGAACAGCACUCCCCCUCCCCCGCCUCAAUGGAACCAAGGCGGCGCUGCCGCCGUGCCAGCGAUGCCAAACUUUGGCUUCCAGAUCCCAGGCUGGCCCCAAGGCGGCCAAGCUUCCAAUACUGCUGCCCCGGCUGCCCCUCCGCCUCCAGGCCAAGGAGGUGCCGCACCCCAUAAUGGUGCAUUCCUCAACCCUGCCUUCAUUGCUGCCUUAAUGAGCCAGAUGCAAGCUCAGAACGGACAACAGCAGUGGGGCGGGCAACAACCACCACCACAAGGAGGCCAAUAA